AUGGGAAGUCGCAGGUACGACAGAUUCGACAGUGCGAUACCAGGCAUUACCGAAAAACUAUUUAACAAGAGUAAAUUUCUCAAAUAUUAUGAUAGAACAGAAAGUUGUCCUUGUUAUGACGAUGUGAUCGAUUCACUUCUCGCUUUGGAUGGCAUUGAUGAUCGCUCCCAUCCAGUGUGCCGAAUGAUUAAGGACGAAUCAGCUGACUAUGAUGUAAUUAAAACUUACACUUCGGAACAUCGUUAUCGUUCCAAAGCAUUCUACAGCUAUGUAAACAAACAACUACUGAAGGAUAGAAAAUCUAGGCUAGAACACUUAAUGCCAUUUAUUCGUAGAGCCACCCAUCAAAUUAAUCAUCGUGGACCAGACGAUUCAUGCGUUGUAUAUCGUGGUAUGGAUCUUAAUAGAGAACAAGUGAGAUUUUUUACUCCUGGAAAGAUAUUUCGGUUUCCAGGCUUUACAUCAACAACCACAGAUAGAAGCGUAGCUGAAAGCUUUGGUGAUAUUUUAUUUAAAAUUCGAGUACCCGCCGAUAUUUCUCAAGCACGAAAUAUAGCAGACAUUUCAUGUUUUCCAUCAGAAGAUGAAUGGCUCUUCGUUCCUUAUUCACGUUUUAAAGUUAUCAGCUCAGAAAACAGAAAAAUUACUUUGGAAGCAAAAGACAAUUUGGAGGAUGUGUCUGAAUCAACCACAAGUAGCGAUGAAUCUUCAGACACGGACUAG